AUGGCUGUGACAAUGAUUUUUGGUGUGGAAAAGGAAGAAAAUUAUUAUGAUCGUCAUUACGAUGAUAAAGCAAAGAUUUAUGAGUUCAAAAAACUGAAGGGAAAUGAAGCAUUUAAAAUGCAACAUCUUGACAUUUAUGACGAGAUAGUCAUUAUAAUAUUCACGGUGUUUGAACUCAUAACUCACUCCAAUGGUGAUGGCAGAUUGUCUUAUGGGACCUAG